UGCCACGCAUACAGAUGUUCAAGAUGUCUGAGCGCUUCUCUCUGUUGCUUCUCCUCUACCUUCAGGCUCUCAGCUCCUUUCUUCACCUGGUUUGUGCAGCAGAAUCAGGUGAUGAGGUCCAGAUCGAAGUUCUGUUCCUGCCGGAAAACUGCACCCAGAAAGCCAAGAAGGGAGAUUUAUUACAUGCCCAUUAUGAUGGAUAUCUGGCCAAAGAUGGGACGCAGUUCUACUGCAGUCGCUCAGCUAAAGAUGGACAGCCUCACUGGUUCGUUCAUGGGGUCGGUGAGAUCAUCAAGGGCCUGGACAUGGGCCUGAAGGACAUGUGUCCUGGCGAGAUGAGAAAGAUCAUUGUGCCUCCUUCAUUAGCAUUUGGUGAGAAAGGGAAAGAUCCUGUGCCACCCAACGCAACCGUGAUCUUCAAGGUGGAGCUGUUGCACGUGCGACGUGGACCACGCAGCAUGGAAGCCUUUAAGGAAAUGGAUCUCGACAAUGACUUAACUCUAACGAAAGAAGAGGUGAGAAAACACUUAAAAAUGGAAGCAGAGAAGUUAAAAGUGGAGAAAGAAGAGUCUUAUUUCGACGACGUUGUGUCCGACGUCUUCCGCAGGAACGACCACAACGCGGACGGAGCGCUGACAGUAAAAGAGUACAAUGUCUACGAGCACGAUGAGCUGUAGCUGCCAGUAGACGCUGUAUCUCCUCACAGGCGUGUCCUGCUUCUGAGGAGGAGACUAUUAAUAAAUCACCACUAGGACUAUGCACACUUUUAAUAAAGAUGAUUUUUGGAGAAA